GAGAGUCUGUUUCUAUUUAUAAGUAUAUAUUUUCCACAACAUCUCUAUAUCUUCAUCUUCCUCCCUAAAUAAAGCUUGCGCAUUACCAAUUUGUCUAAAUAUUUGUAACUGAAUUUGCAUUUUUGGGUAUAAAAGAAAAGAAAGAUUGGAAUUAUUUUAAAGAAAGGCUACCAUUAUAAGGAAAUAUUAUUUGAAGGGAGAAGGCAAGUAGAAGAGGGGGAUGAAAUUAACCUCCUCUGUUCUUAAUUUUAUCGUGCCUCCUCUCAGAUCUUAGUUUUCCUCCCCAGAUUUGGCACUUGGGGUUUACUUUGAUUGGUGAAGUUAAUUUCUGGGUUGGUCGGUUGAUUGAUCGUGGAAAGAGCUGCUUGUUUCUGAAUUUUGAACCAAAGAGAAAAAAAAAUCCUUUUUUUUUUUGUAUCGGAUUAUUCUUGUUGAAAUAAAGUUUAGAAAAAGAUGUUUGAGAAUGGAAAGCUAUUUAUUGGUGGGAUAGCUUGGGACACAAAUGAAGAGCGUCUCAAGGAGUAUUUCAGUAGUUUUGGUGAUGUGAUAGAGGCAGUGAUCAUGAAGGAUCGAACGACGGGGCGUGCUCGUGGUUUUGGUUUUAUUGUUUUUGCAGACCCGGCUGUUGCCGAGAGAGUCAUCAAGGAGAAACACAACAUUGAUGGCAGGAUGGUUGAGGCAAAAAAGGCAGUUCCUAGGGAUGAUCAGAACAUUAUGAGUAGAAGCGCUAGUAGCAACCAUGGUUCACCUGGUCCAGGCAGCACAAGAAAGAUUUUUGUAGGAGGUUUAGCAUCAACAGUCACAGAGAAUGAUUUUAAGAAGUAUUUUGAUCAGUUUGGGAAUAUCACAGAUGUUGUGGUGAUGCAAGAUCACAACACCCAAAGGCCUAGGGGUUUCGGGUUCAUCACUUAUGAUUCAGAAGAGACGGUGGACAAGGUGUUGCUAAAGAAUUUUCAUGAACUGAAUGGUAAACUGGUUGAGGUAAAACGAGCAGUUCCCAAAGAGUUAUCGCCUAGUCCCAAUCAUAGCCCUCUUUGUGGAUAUAACUAUGAUGUGAAUAGGAUCAACAACUUCCUUAAUGGCUACACUCAGGGAUAUGGUCCAAACAAUGUAGAAGGCUAUGGACUUAGGAUGGGUGCGAGAUUCAGUCCGGUUACUAGUGGCCGAAGUGAGUUUCCUCCUUUUGGUUCUGGUGAUGGAAUGGGCAUAGACAUUGAGCCCAGGUUAAAUCCCGCUUUUGGCAGUGGUGCAAAUUUUAGUAGUAAUAUGAGCUAUGGACGGGGAUUGAGCCCUUACAAUGUUGAUGAUACGAAUAGAUUUGGUAGUCCUAUUGGGUAUGAUGGAAGUAGCGGAGGUAAUACUUCAUUUUUCAGCUCAGUUACCCAGAACCUUUGGGGAAACAGUGGACUCAAUUAUAACACAAAAGUUUCUCGUCCCGGUGCAUAUAUGGGAUCUGGAAGUGGGAGUACCGGAGGAAGUUACUUUGGAAACAGUGGAAUAAAUUGGGGUUCUGCAAUAUCCAGUCAAUUUGAGGGGAAUAAUGUUUCUAGCAAUAGUGUUAAAUUUGGCUAUGGAAGUGAUGAUAAAUGCUGUGGCUUGGGGACAACAGGGCAUGGAAGAAAUAGCCAGACCAGUUUAGCGCCAACAUCAAAUGGUGGUUAUGAUGGAGCCUUUGCGGACCUUUAUGGUGGUGUUUCGGUUUAUGGGGAUGUCACUAGGCAAUCAUCAACAUCUGAGCCUAAUGUUUCCGGUUCCUUUGGCUAUGGACUUGGCGGUGCCACUUCUGAUGUUUUGGGUAAAAGCUCUCCUGGUUAUGUUGGUGGCUAUAGUGUUAAUAAGAGACAAACAAAUAUAGGUAAGUAUUGUUACCUGCAUCCUGAGAUCUCUCUAUAGUUUUCACUUGAGGAAAUUUCUGCUAAAUGCUUCACUAGUGACGUUCGUUGGAGUUUAGUAGCCCAAUCUUGUUUAAUAUUGUAGAAGCAUAGCUUAAAAUCUUUCGUAUGAGGAAUCUUCUAGCUAUUUUUCGUUGGG